AACAUCUGUCUGCACUGAUCCAUAAAGUUGCAACAAUGGCAGCUGUUACAGAUGUGCUUCUAGAAACACUGGAGGAUUUGAGUGAUCAGGAUCUCAACAAAUUCAAGUUGUUCCUGCAGUUCACUUGUUUUCAGAAGAGUCUUCCACAAAUCAAACUGAAUAAUGGCAGAAGAGGAAUAGUGAAUGAUAUGAUUGAUAAACUUGGUCAUCAGUCUGUGGAGGUGAUCAGGGAGGUUUUAACAGACAUGCAGAGAACUGAUCUGGUGCAGAGGCUGUCAGAGAGCAGCUCAGGACUCAAAGCUGCAGGAUCAUCAGCUGAAGGAUUUGAUGUGGAGGAAACAGAGAAAGAGAAACACUCUGAGGAUGAACGUUGGCCUGCACUGAUCCACAAAGUAGAAACGAUGGAGUCUGUUAUUGAGCUGCUGCUGGAAGCUCUGGAUGGUCUCAAUGAGCCGGAGCUCAGUGAGUUCAAUAAGAACCUGCCACAAAUUCAUCUUCACAAAUAUGACUCAGUCUUCUCAUGGAUGUGGUACAUGAGGACAAACCUGCAGCACACAGUGUUUCUGAUGGUGCUGACUUACGGCCAACAGUCAGUGGAGAAGACCAUGGAGGUCUUAAAGGAGAUGAAGAGGACUGAUCUGGCUCAGAGGCUGUCAGACUGCAGCUCACUGCCUCGAAAGAAACACUCUGUGGAUGAACGACGCUCUGCACUGAUCCACAAAAUGGCAACAAUGGCAGCUGUUAAACAUCUGCUUUUAGAAACUUUGAAUGAUUUGAGUGAUGAGGAGCUCAAGAAAUUUAAGAGGAUCCUGCAGACGAUCCUUCCUUGGAGGAAUCUGUCAUUCUUCUCAUAUACAGACAGGUUGAGUCUCUCAUCAACCAGAGCAAAUGUAGUGAAUCUGAUGGUGGAUGAACUUGGUCAUCAGUCUGUGGAGGUGACCAGAGAAGUUUUCAUGCACAUGAACAGAACUGAUCUGGUGCAGAAGUUACCAGAGAGCAGCUCAGCAUCCAGAGAGAAACACUCUGUGGAUGAACAUGGAGCUGCACUGUUGAAGAGAGAAAAAGAACAGGAAGCUGUCAGACAGAUUCUCUUGGAAACACUGAAUGAAUUCAGUCAAAAGGAUCUAAAGAAAUUCAAGCAGUUGCUGCCGUUCACGUGCUUUAAGAUGAGCCUGCCACAAAUGGUGAGGUACUGGUAUACAAACAGGACAGAAGACCUUGUGUAUGUGAUGGUGGAUAAACUUGGUCAUCAGUCUGUGGAGGCGACCAUGGAGGUUUUAACAGACAUGAACAGACCUGAUCUGAUGCUGAGGCUGUCAGAGAGCAGCUCAGGACGAAAAACUGAAAGAAGUUCAGAGCUUGAAGGUUGUCAGAGCCUGACGCAGGACUGCAGUGAUUGGACUAAUCUUGAACCUGAGGUGAACAGUACAGAUGCAGACGAGGCUCCAACUUACAGCCUUCAGUCUGCAGCAGGACACUUUGAAUGCAGAGUGUCAGGCUUGCGCUGGGUCUGUAAGGGAAAGACCAGCUUUCAGUACCAGUUUAGAUCUUGGGAGGGACACAUGGAGAGGAUGGAGAGCAGACAAUACAUGCCUGCAGGUCCUCUGAUGGACGUCACAGUCACUGCUGGGAAGUUAAAUGAAGUUCACCUGCCACACUGGAUCUGCAUCGAUGACAUCCCUGACAUAUUGGACACGUUUGCAGUCGUCCACAUAGAUGACUGUGGAGAUGUUGUGGAAAAAGUGUCUGAGGUCACACCAACACAUGUCAAGUUAACUGAACCACAUUUCUCUCUAAUAGGGGCUCUGAUACGUUUAUUCUUUCCUUUGAAAAUCAGCUGUUACACGUUGAUGUACUAUAAACCCAACACAUCAUUUCUUAAACUCCACGUCUAUCCAAUCCGACAGGAUCCUGCUCUGGAACAGGGAAUAGACAAGGAAGAAUCCUCAGAUGGAUACAAAAGAAUCAAAAAACCACACCCAGACAAGUACCUGCAAACUGAGCGUACUUUCAGCCUCAGAGCCGACAACACAAGUGCAAAAAUUCAACCAAAGGAGUUAACCCUCAGAUACAAUAGGCAAAACUUCUACGAGGUGUACGUUAAGAAUCCAGGCAGUGAACUCAUACUUACACUGGUGCACACUCACCCAGCUGAUGGUGAACCAGCUGAUGAGCCACUAUGGGAAUGUGAAAUUCAAGCAGAUGACCAUCCAGAGUCUGGUCAAGCCGAAGCUGCAGGAUCCUCAGUGGGAGCAGCUGCUGUCAGCUCUCAGUCGGCUGCUGCAGGAUCCUCAGUGGGAGCAGCUGCUGUCAGCUCUCAGUCGGCUGGUAGGUUCAUCAAUAUUACCUGUUCUGUGGUUUUAUAUAAUGUGACACAUAGAACGCUGAUGAAUCCUA